AUCUCUCUCACUGCACGGGAGCUGAGCGAGGAGCAGGACCAUGUUUGACAACACGCAGUACCCCUACAACUGCUUCAAUUACGACGGGGAUGAUUAUCCUGCCUGUAGUUCUGACGAGGAGAAAAAAUUCACCCGACCGGCGUACAGCUACAUUGCCUUAAUUGCAAUGGCCAUCCAGCAAAGCCCUUCACAUAAAGUCACCCUCUCUGGCAUUUAUGACUUUAUAAUGAAGAAAUUUCCUUACUACAGAUCAAAUCAAAGAGCCUGGCAGAACUCCAUCCGACAUAACUUAUCGCUUAACAGUUGUUUUGUGAAGGUUCCCAGAACAGAAGGGAAUGAGAAGGGGAAAGGAAACUAUUGGAGCUUUGCAGCAGGAUGUGAGUCCAUGCUGGAUCUCUUUGAAAACGGGAAUUACAGGAGAAGACGGAGGAGGAGGAACGUGAAAAGGGAGCACAAGGAGCAGAGACCAAGCAGAGUGAAAAGUCCUUCGUCCCCCAACAUCUCUCCUGUGGACUCUGCUUUGAACAGCAUUUCCUCUUCUGAGAGUAAACAUGAAAGAAUUGAAGGGGGCCCAAAACUUCUGGAGCCCUGUGGGUUUGCUCCAAGCAGCGUGAGCAGCAGGCAGAGCCUAAGCAAUUCCUCCUUAACAAAAUCGGAUUCUGAAAUCAAAUUUAGCAUCGAUUACAUCCUUUCAGCCCCCGACCCUCUGCCUGUCCUGAGAUCUCAAUAUAACAUGCAAGAAAAUAAAUACCACCUACUGGAGGCCCCUCAUAUUAAUCUCCAGUUCUGGACAAUGUGAUGUUAUUUAUUUGUGGUAGCAAGGUCUGAGUCACAGUGUGUUCAGCAGCCUCAAGUCACUGAAAUUCAGCCUCCUGCCUCCUCGUUUGCCUCAGAAAGGGUUACAGACCCACCAGCUGAUGCUCUGCCUGCUCAAAGAACUUUGCUAAGAUUAAAGCAUAAAUAACAGUUACCAAUAUCGGUUUUCACCCUGCUGAAAUUUAUGAAAUUCAAGCUUUGUUUUCUAAACUGUCUCGGACGUCACUUAGCACCACAAAGAAUUUCCUUUCUCGAGCAGAAUCUGACAGAGAAGAGACUUGCUUAUCACCCACUGCUUUAUUAAAGACAAAGUGAAUUUGAUCCCACUUUCAGUGGUGGAAAUUAGGAUUAACUCCACUGGAGUAUAUAGGUCAGAACUUAAGCUGAUCUAAACAGUGUAAUUCUCUCGACUUACACUGGCUGGGAAUGUAGGGGGGGUGGAAAUUUGUUUCUUAAAGGGAAUUAUAGAAAAUCACCCUGUCUUCCCUUUUUUUUUUUUCUUUUAACAUCAUGUUUCAAACUGUUUUGCAGCUUUAACUCAUUGUUCAUUAGGAAAUGUAGUUAUUGAUAAGUAUUUCAAGUAUUUUUGUUUAUAUUUGGGGCAGAGUUGUUUAAAUUGUUGAAGUGAAGUUGUAUUCAAAAUAAUUCCAAGAGACCUGGUGGAUUUUGAUAGGUAAUGUGACAGUCAAAGAGUCUUUUAAUGCCUUGGUUGAAAAAAAACCCAACACCUUUUCCCUUGUACUAUCAGAAAUCUUCCCGAGUUGCUGCAGAAAAGUCCUUGACCAUAUUUCAUUUAGCAAGUGGGAAGGGAAACCUGGCACUGCAAAAAGCUCUGUUGAGUGUCAAGCAAAGCUAAAAUUCCACCUACCUGCUCUGAGACAAGUUGUAUAUUCCCCUUAAAUAGAUUUUUAUUGAUCCUUCUUGCGAGCAAUUACCAAAGUGGUGCUUGAUAUGAUUUCAGCUAAACUGGUGAGAUUUAUAAUUUCCAGAUAUCAAUGUUAGCUCAUGAGCUCCAUUUCUGAGAAAGCCACUUCAUUACCAUUUACAUGCAGUGGGAGGUUUUGGAACACAACCUGAUGGACAAUGAUGAACUGUAAUGAGCUUUUAAGAAGUUGCUUUUAUACAACUUGUUCACAAUGAAUUGCUUCCCAGAACAUAAACAGCAUUAGCAAAGGCUCCACAAAAUCCUGGCUUUGGCUUGGCUACUACAGUCUUCACCUAUUGCAGAUAAAGGGAAAAAAAGACAAGAAUUCUGAUGGUUUUAAGCAAUUAAAUACAGAGAUAAAAUUAUCUUUGCAUCAGGAACUAAAGGUAAAUGAAGGUAUAUGAGAUAAGAUUCAGCACAGAGGUAUGCUCAGGCAUGACUUGAAUUUUUAUGCAGAAGCUUUGACAUUUCACUAAGUUAUUUUACAUUGUGUCUAAUAUAUACUGUACAUUUAUACUAUAUAUUCUUAUAUAUUGUUAUUGAGAAAGGGAGCAAUAUCACUGCACUUAUAUGUUGUAAAAAUGCAUGAUGUAUGUUGUCAUGAUGCUGAAACUCCUGCCAUAUACUUAAAAUUUACCAUCAGUGGUGUUUCACACUGAUUGGUAAUAAAUGCCCAUUUUUUGGAAAACUAUAAAACUUGUUAUCUUCAGGCAUUUCUACAGCAUGCAAAAGUCUUUGCUUCUUCUUCAGAAAAGAGAAAAUGGAAAAUCAUGUCACUUGCACCACUGCAUGUCUUCCAAACUUUGAAGGGAUGAUUUCUCGGGACCAAAUUCUGCCUUCAAAUGGGAGCUUUCAAUUCUCUGUUAUUCUGGGUGAAAAUCUGAAAGCAAAAUUUGCCUCUCCAGAUCUGACUGAUCUGCUGUUCACAUUGAUACCAGCAAAAAGAAGAAAACCUCUGGGGGGACUGGACAGACGGAUUCUCAUUUGAAGAGGGAGAGAAUUUGCUCCUUUGGUGUUUAUGCUCAGUAGUAAAUAGGUGUGGGAAGAGCAUGUCCUCAGUGCUUCAGUGUUUGCAUGCCCUCAUUGUGGGUGGGUGCUUGUGCACCCCUGGGGUCCUGCCUGCAGAUAAAUACUUGUGUUUUAGACGCAGAUCCUUUUUCCUGAUUGUUUUAAGCAUGGCAGUGCUGCUGUCUGGCUGAUGGUGCACACCUGCAGUAUAUCUGAAAUACAUAUUUUCUGCUGUGAAACAUGCAAAUAUGAUUGUUGCUAUGUGUUCUUGGUUGAUGCUGUUUGCAAGAGGUAAUACAGUGACAGCAAAAGUUCCUCCUGGGCAGCACCUGGGUAGGGUGAACACUGCUGAGACCAGUGGAGAAGCAGUUUAUGGGUGCUAAUCAAUAAAGAAUUAAUGCAUUAGGAAAGGCAGAAAUACACCCAAGUGGAUCUACAGCAGGGAUCCAAAGCCAUUUUCUGUAAGAUGAAUUAAUAUUCACAAAUAGCCAUGUCUUUGCUCACAGUAAAGUGCCUGCUAGGAGAGACUGUCAUACUUUAGUUUCCCUAACAUAUAAUCAAAGAAAUUUGUGUACAAAUAGGUGUUAACAUUUGUUUUGCAAAGGAUAUCAAUCAUACCUCGAAAAAAUGAAGGGACAUAUUUCAAUUUAGCCAGUAUAUUAUAUUCUGACGACUCCAGAAAGGUUUCCAGCAGUUAAAGUGAAUGGCAUUUAAUAUAGAACAACAUAACAGGGGUGAGGGCUAGACGUGACCUUAUUCAAAUGUCGUAGCCAUUACAAAGCCAUUCCCAAUGUAAUUAUAAUUAAAUACUUUAUGCCUUUCUUGCAAAUCCUCUGAUCGA